AUGGACUCGUCAGAUGCAACUCCUUUCUCUCCUGUUGCUCUUCAAGACGAGUGGACGCUCGUGACUAACGACGCAGAGAUCGUCGCGUUGGUGCAAAGCAAAGCGAAAUUUGAGGACCAAGGUGUCGAAGCAUCGAGCCACGAGGUUCCCGAAGGUUUUGUUUCGAUUCGUUUACGACAAGGCGAAACCAUUCGAGUCGCGUGGUUCAAAGCUACGCAGCGAGUUGAUGACUUUGUUGGCAAGUUCUUUGCAGAGGAGCUCACACAAUGUCGGAAGAUUAGGCUCAUUUACAUGGGCAUGUUGCUGCUUCCCACUCGCACGAUGGGUGAAUACGGCAUUGAAGAGAACGGCGUGAUCCAUAGUGUCAUUACCGAUGCGCCACCAGAACCCCACUUGCCAGCAGCGCUACCAGCGAACUUCAUGAACUGGAAGCCUCAGAGCUCACUUCUAGUCCUUACCGGCGUCUUCCUCUGCGGUCUCUGGACGCUAAUGGUCUAUUUUCCGCACUUGUUCUCGUGGACCUCGACCGUGCUGUUGUUGCUCUUCAGCGUGAUGCACAUUUCAGCUGCGGCGUCAUGUAUCACCAUAUAA